GAGGAGGAGGUGGCCGCAGGAACCGUUGGAGUGGCCCCGGCAUUGAGAGUGGAACUGGGAUCAGGACCGAGACCGGGACCGGGAUUAGUGCGAGUGGCUGAGCCUUGGGGCCGGCGAGAUGGGUGGGGAGCAGGACGAGGAGCGUUUUGACGGCAUGUUGCUGGCCAUGGCCCAGCAGCACGAGGGCGGCGUGCAGGAGCUUGUCAACACCUUCUUCAGCUUCCUGAGGCGCAAAACAGAUUUCUUCAUUGGUGGUGAAGAGGGGAUGGCAGAGAAGCUCAUCAAUGAGACAUUCCGCCACCACAACCAGUUGGCUCAGAAGGGACGGCGAGAGAAGCAAGCAAGACAGGAAGCUGAGCGUCGAGAGAAGGCUGAGCGUGCUGCUCGACUGGCCAGAGAGACCCAGAAGGAAGCCUCUGGGCCCCAGAUCAAGGAGCUGACUGAUGAAGAGGCUGAGAGGCUCCAGCUGGAGAUUGACCGGAGGAAGGAUGAGGAAAACAACCAGAAGAAGGAUGGACCAGCCAAGUCUUUGAACAACACCUCCAACUCAGCUGUGAAACAGGAGGCCGAUGAAGAUGAGGAGGAGGAAGAUGAAAAGGACAAAGGGAAACUGAGACCUAACGCAGGCAAUGGAGCUGACCUCCCUCACUACCGGUGGACCCAGACCCUGUCUGAAUUGGAUCUGGCCGUGCCCUUCUCUGUGAACUUCCGGCUGAAGGGCAAAGAUGUGGUUGUGGAUAUUCAGCGGCGGCAUCUGCAGGUGGGGCUGAAAGGGCAGCCCCCACUCAUUGCUGGGGACCUCUACAACGAGAUCAAGGUGGAAGAGAGCUCCUGGCUCAUUGAAGAUGGCAGAGUGGUGACUGUACACUUGGAAAAGAUAAACAAGAUGGAGUGGUGGAGUCGCUUGGUGUCCAGCGACCCUGAGAUCAACACCAAGAAGAUUAACCCAGAGAAUUCUAAGCUGUCCGACCUUGACAGUGAGACUCGGAGUAUGGUGGAAAAGAUGAUGUAUGAUCAGCGGCAGAAAUCCAUGGGCCUGCCAACCUCAGAGGAACAGAAGAAGCAGGAGAUUCUGAAAAAGUUUAUGGAGCAGCAUCCAGAAAUGGAUUUUUCCAAAGCCAAAUUUAACUAGUAUCCUGGCACCCCCAACCUUCAUUCCCUUGGGGUCUUAUGCCCUUCCUCCCCCUUGCCUGACCUCUUUGGACACCUUCUUCCCUGGAGAAAGGAUUGUAUGCAGGGACAGGUAUGGGACCCUGGCCCAGGGCGGGCCUUCAGCCCCAAAGGCAAGUCCCAGGACUGUUCUUGGAGCCUCCAAGAUGGGAGGAGGAAGAAGUCUUGUAAUCCCCACUCUGCCUGUUACAGAAGUAAAGGAAUGUUCUACCCUC